AUGGAGUCUUCAAGCUCCCCUACACCAGCAGGCAGCUCAAAGAGCAUAAAUGUCACACCAAUACAUCUCAAUCUACAUAGCUCAAUGGCUAGUGAGCUCCUAGCCACCCAUGAGGCUGAGGCACAGAAAUCCCAUGCAGAAGCACUAGCUACUGCAAAUAUGCUUGAUCAGAUUGAAGAAGACUUAGAUGACAUGAAGACAACAGACCUAUCAAGAGCACUGACCCUUGAAGUCAUCAUGAAGGCAUUAGUCAAGAAUUAA